AUGGACGCAUACCCGGGCUACAGAGAGCCGCCACUUGCGCGAUCACCAACGGAGAGACCAAGCUGGAGCGGACGCGAUGACAACUACAGAGCCCCUGAUCGAGCGGAGCCUCGUGACAGCUUUUAUCGAGGUAGAUCUCCAGGCAACGACCGCCAACGUCGUCCUCGUGACCGGACCCGGUCACCACCUGCUGUAGACCGCUAUGAGCCCGCAGGCCGUCCAAGAGAUGAUUAUGGGAGACCUCGGGAUCGGGAUCGUGAUGACCGACGCCGUCCAUCUCCAGGUCCGGCCAAUAUCGAUCGAUACGUCCCCGGCCAAGAUACGGGUCCUUCAAUCACGGUGAACCCAUUGGCAGAUCCGGCUUCAUUGCCUUUCCAAGUUGGCUUUUCAUACUUUGGGGAAUGGUGGCGCACAAACGAGAAGAUAAAGGAUGAGCGUGAGCGUGCCAAAACUGGAAGGCGAGGGGAGGUUCGACCUCGUGACACCCAGGAAGAUCGUGAUAAAGAGAAGGCCCGGAUCCAGGUUGCGUACGAUGCGUACAAGGAGGAGCUUCAAGCUAAGAUGGCGAGGGCCUUCGUCCAAGAACACAAGGGCGAACAGUGGUUUCAGGAGAGAUAUUUUCCAGAAGUCAGGGAUCCAUUACGCCAGCAAUUGAAUGAAUUCCGCCGCUCCAACUACAGCCAAUGGGAACAAGACCUCGAAUCUGGAACCUUUGACGAGUACUCAUUGGAGGGAAUUCCUAAAAGCGAGAGCAAUGGCGCUGGUGGUGUAAUUGAGAAGGAGGAAGGCGAGGCCACUGCAACCAAUGAGGUUCUAGGCAUUGGUGAUCUCGUGCCAACCCGUGGGAGUGAUAUCAGAGAUGAGAACGCCUUCCAACCGACACUUUUAAUCAAGACCAUUGCUCCUCAUGUCAGUCGGCAAAAUCUAGAGGCAUUCUGCAAAGAACACCUAGGCGACGAUGAGGGAGGCUUCAAGUGGCUAAGUUUGAGCGAUCCGAACCCAAGCAAGCGUUAUCACCGAAUUGGCUGGGUUAUGCUACACCCGGCUCCGGAAACCGGAAUUAUAGUUGACCGCCCAGAACUCAAAGAUGAGGCCGAGACCGAGGCUGGAGAUGUUCCGCCCACACCAACUGCCCCGCUCUCUACAGCGGAGAAGGCCCUCGAGGCGAUUAACGGGAAGACUGUUAAGGAUGAGACUCGCGGAGACUUUACUUGCCAUGUGGGCGUCCAUGUGCCACCCAGUAUGCCGCGGAAGAAGGCUCUCUGGGAUCUGUUCUCGGCCCCCGAGCGGGUGGAAAAAGACUUGGAGUUGGCCCAGCGCCUUGUGCAAAAGUAUGAAGAGGAUUUUGGUUCAGAUUUCAAUGCUGUUCUAAAGAUCGAAGAGAGAGUCGAGGAUCUUAGAACCUCCAACCGCCUCCAGCCUCCAGUAACCGCUCCCACGGUGAAAAAGACCAAGAAACCUCGUGACUAUCUUGGUCUGGAGGAAGGUAUGGAUGACGGCGAGGAGAUGGAAGACGUGGAGGAGGGGGAGGAAGAGGAAGAAGGCGCUUUAGACGAUGAGGUCGAUGACGAGGAGCUUCUUGUUAAGAAGAAGCAGCUUGAUCUCAUGGUGGAAUACCUUCGUCGGGUCUUCAACCUCUGCUUCUUUUGCGUCUUUGAGAGUGAUUCCAUCCAUGAACUCACUCGCAAAUGUCCAGGAGGACAUCUUCGAAGACCGCGGAAUACAUUAACCUCCUCUGCCAAGGCCGCUGCGAGAGCUAGCGCUUUGGGAGAGCCGUUCCCGGGGAUGAAGCGUGCCGAAAUGGACGAUGCGGAACUGGGACCAGAAUCGCCUGAGGGUGAUCGAAAGUUCCGUAACAGUGCCGCUUCGAAGUCCGAACAACAGCUCUCACGGGCCUUCAAUUGGGUAAAGACUUUCGAGGAUAAGAUCAUGCAGAUCCUUGAGCCCGACGCAGUUGAUCUUAGGAAAUUAGGCGGCAAGCCAACUGAAGAAGCGCUCAAGGACGAGCUUGUUAAAUACGUGAAGCAGGAGGAUGAGCAUAGGUUUAGGUGCCGUGUUCCAGACUGUGCAAAACUUUUCAAGGAAGAGCACUUCUGGAAAAAGCAUAUCGAGAAGCGUCAUCCUGAAUGGCUUGAGGGAUUAAAGAAAGAAUUUGAUCUUAUCAAUACAUAUGCCCUCGAUCCUGCUCAUAUUGCUCCGUCAAGAUCUGAUGCCAAUAGCAAUGGUCAUUUCCCGCCUACUAAUGGGCACAUGCCUGCCGGUACCCCUCGUGGGUUUAACCUGCAAAACUUUGGCAUGGGUGGACUACCUGCCAUGCCCGGCUUCGGUCCACCAGGAGGCUUUCCACCUUUCCUCGCCGGACAAGCAGCCCUUGGGUGGCCCAUGGGUACGGAUCCUCGUGGCGCUGGCCCCAUCAGGCGAGGUGGUAGACAGUACCCGGGCAGCACUCGUACAGGGCCGUACGAUCGUCGACCAAGAGACCAACGUUGGGGUGGGGAGAGUGGUAGACUCAGCCCGCCACCUGGUUCUCGUCGGGGCGGAUCUAUGGCUGGUGGUGGUCGGUGGGGUGAUGGAGCUGCCGGUGUUGCUGCCGUCGGACCCAGGGAGGCAGUUCAAGGGAGAAGCCUCAGAUCAUACGAGGAUCUUGAUGCUGUUGCGGGUGGUGGCUCAGGGGAACUCAACUAUUAG